AUGUUUUCAUAUUCAGAUCUUUGUUCCAUCGGUUCGGCCAUGAUAUUAUCGGCCACCACCUUUCUAAUGGGUGUUUUCUUCAGUAACCAGCCAUACGAUUACCACCUUUUAUUCAAUGCUAACGCCACUCAAGAACAUUUUGAUCUAGCUUUGAAACAUUAUCAAAUCCUGCAUGACACUCCAAGGCCAAUCGUUAUUGCCCUGUGUGUCAUUGCAUUAAUUGGUUUGAUCGGUGGUACAAUCAAAAUCUACAAGCCAAACCCAGAAUUGCAGAUGUUUGAAUAUUGUUCAUUGGGUUUAUACGUGCUGGCUAUUUGUGUCUUUAUUACUAAUGUCAAGACUGGUCUUGACUGUACUAUAAGCCAUAAAUGGGGGGAAGUUUCCGAAAAUCAAGGGCUGGCCGUCAUUGCUUCUUCUAACAUUAUCCUAUUGGUCAUGUUUUCCGGUGUUAUCAUCUUACAAAUUGGUCUAUGGUACAGUAACUGGGAUUUGCAAAAAAGAUUAAAGCAAUUUUAUGCUGAAGAAGAACAAGAAGCUGCCAGUGCUGGUAAAAAAUCCGAAAAAGCUGAAAAAGUGAAGAAGAAUGACAAUAAAGCUAAGAAUGUUCAAAAGAGGAACAACGCCAAGAAAUAG